AUGGAUAAAGAAUUUUAAUGUUGUUAAUGUUAACAUGAGUUUAAUUUACAGGAUAGAAGUCCUCAUGUCCUCCCUUCCUGUGGUCAUUCAAUAUGCUAGUUAUGCGUGACAUAAUAUUUGUAAUCACAAUUGAAGUUGAUUUGCAAUGAAGACAAGUAAAUGAAUCACAAAUUAAAUUAAGCAUCGAAUGUCAAGUUGACAGAGAAUUCAAAUUCUUCCCUAUCAAUUAAAGCAUCAUAGUCUUAUUAAGAAAAAAGCGAACUGUUCAAAGAUGUCAUACCUAUGUAACUCCAGAAGAUGCAAUACCUAGAAUAUCAGCAGAAGAUGUAAGCGAAUUUUCAGGUGACAGUCAAUAAAAUAUACAACUAAAUAAGAACAUCUCUUAAUCACAUUCAUGUGAAAUAUUGCCAAUUAAAGAAAACUAAGGAGAUUUAUGUCCUAUUCAUUCAAAGCCUUUAGAAUUAGUUUGUUAAGAAGAUGGAGAAUAUAUUUGUGUUAAUUGUGCCUUAUUUGGAAAUCAUAAGUUUCACAAUUAUAAGCCUAUUGAUGCCUAUGUUAAAGAGAUGGAAUAAACAUUUUAUGAUAUCACCACGAUAUAUGAAGUUGUAAAAGAAUUGAGUUCUAAAAUCGAACAAAAGAUAUAUGCAAAAGAAUUUGAAACCAAAAUAGUAUAAUCAAAGGAUGCUAAAUUAUAAUCAAUAGAUAUGAAGUUUAAUGAAUUAUUUAAUGAAUUAAAUUUAAUAAAAGAAGAAUUAAAAUCAAAAAUAGCAAAUAAUUACAACAUAUAAUUUGAUGAUAACAAGAGAAAAAUUGAAUCAGAAUUUACAUAACUAAAAGAUCAAGCAGAUAGAUGGCUUUCAUAAACUGGACAUCAAUUAAAUGAUUUCUUUGUUGAAAAAAUUUAAAACCAAAAGCUGAAAAUGGAUGCCAAAGAACUAGGUAAUAGCAAAGAAAAUGGUUCCUAAUUAAUUAGUAAAAUCUAAUUCUAGUUUGCUUAAAUGGACACUCAUGUCAAAUUGAUUGGAGAGUAACAACAAUUUUAUGUACCAAUAGAGAACAUUAAAAAUCAAUUUCCUCAAGAAAAUAAAUAAUUAGACUAAUUAUUAUUGGAUAGAGAAGAUAAAUUAACAGAUUCAGACAUCAUUUAUUAAGAUAUUAAAGAUGAAAAAUUAACAUAAUCUAUGUACAUUUCCUAAUAACCUACUUAACCAGCAUCUCCUUAAUAUAAUGUGGGAAAAAAUCAUUAUUUCAGCCAAACAUUAACACCUGGAUAAUUCUAAAGAAAAGAUAGGAGCGUAACUAUGCUACAAACUGAACCAUCAGAAGUUUCUGCACCUAAUACUAACAGAAAUAAAUUAUCAUCAUCCAAAUUUGCUAAAGUCUAAAAAUUUAAUAAAGAUCCUAAAUUACACGAUAAAAUUAUUAAUACCUUAGCAAUGUUUGAAAAGUUUGAAAUGAUUGAUUUUUCUACUCUUGGUAAUAAUUAUUCUAUCUUAGAUGUAACUGAAUAGUUGAUUUAAGCCAUCGAUGAAGCGCUCAAAAAUAAAAAAAUUGUCAAAGUCUUAAAAAUGAGUAAAUGUAAAUUAACUGAUGAUCUUUUUGCAAAGCUAUUAUCAGUCAUUGAAGAAUCUAGGUAUUGAGGUUAAGUAUAUUUUACAGUGUUACUGCUUUGCAUCUACAAUCCAACACAUUAACUGAAAAAGCAUUAGAUUAUCUAUUAAAUAUUGUCAAAGCUAAAAAACAUUUUGAAUGCAAAUAAAUCUAUUUGAAUGGCAAUAUCAGCAUCACCUAGGCAAAGGCAAAAAAAAAAAUUGAAGAAAUUAAAAAGUAUGGUAUCUAAGUAACCAUUUGA